AUGCCAGAACACGAUGCCCUCAUUUCGCAGUACUCUCAUCUCGCCCAGUUUUCCCGCGAGAAAGAAGCUCUACAUUCUCUAAAGAAGAUCGCAUCUCUAGUUAAGCCACUUAUGAGAGCGCGUAACUGGACUGUUGGUACUCUAGCGGAAUUCUACCCCGACCAACACAACCUGCUAGGAAUCAAUCAGAACAGAGGUCAGAAGAUAUGUCUCCGUCUGCGAUACCCUGGCGACAAAAACCAGUUCCUCCCUAUGGAGCAGGUGGUUGACACCAUGCUCCACGAGUUAUCCCAUAAUGUCCACGGACCGCACGACGCCAAAUUCCACGCUCUAUGGGACCAACUUCGGAAAGAAUACGAGGGCUUGCUAUCGAAGGGAUAUACAGGGGAGGGAUUCUUGUCUGAUGGUCAUAGACUCGGUGGUCGUGGGGUUCCGCGAGACGAGGCACGGCGCAUUGCUCGUAAUGCUGCAGAGAAGAGACGGAUACUCUAUUCAGGAUCAGGACAGAAGCUAGGUGGGCGGCCAGUUCCAGUUGGUACCGAUAUCCGACGAGUUAUAGUAGAUGCUAUCGAAAGACGUAACACGGUGUUAAAGGGCUGUGGAUCUGGAAACAAGAACGACGAUGAGAUAAAGAUGCUAGCAGACGCUGCUACUCAAAAUGGGUCUAAGACGAAAGCUGAAGAAGACGAGGCAAAUGACCGAGCGAUUGCUCAGGCUCUAUGGGAUUUGGUACAAGAGGACGAGAAGAAAGAGUAUGGAAACUCAUACAUUCCACCAACACCUGCAAAUCCAACGGGCAAUGGAGGUGGCGAUAUCAGUCCUUCGACAUCUACGGCUCCAGCUAUUAAGAGAGAGGCGCCUUCUCCCCAAGCAAAGCCCAAGACUAAAGCUCCUCCUAUUAGACAACAUUCGGACCGACCCGUAAGUCGCCUGGUAGCUGAAAGCUCGAAGAAGCCAAAGCCAAAAUCGCUAGCUUCAAGAGCAGCUACAGCACCUGUUCCAGCUCCAGCAGCCUCUGGGCCUCGAGUUCCUAUCCCCAUCCAGUCUUCUGACCCACCGUCUCCUACACCUGUCGCAAGCGGAUGGACGUGUCCGAUCUGCACACUACACAAUCCCGUUACAUUCUUGGCCUGUGAUGCCUGCACUUCCGAACGACCAGCGGAGAUCACGAAGCAGCUGGCAGCAGCAGAGCGAACUAAACAAGCAGAUUCUACUACUCAGCGUUUUGGAGUGCAAUUGGAAAUCUGGACUUGCUCUCAAUGCACAACGGUAAUGGAACAAAAGUGGUGGACCUGCUCUACUUGCGGAAAACUCAAGAACAGCUCAUAA